UAGCCUAUUGCGCGCGAACUAUACUAACAUGCUUACCCCAAAAGUAAUCUUCAGUCAUCUUGAUAUUCUGAUCGUUUACUCGACGAUAUUAAUUGGAUAAUUAUCGUUUAUGCGAGGUGUUCGCAGUUCCGUAAAUACGGAUGAGGAAACGUAGGAGCCUGGACGGUAGAAAUGAAAAAUCCACGAAAUGCAAAACGUACAGCACAACGACUGCGACAGUAAUGGCCGACUUGAGUUGACGUCGUUGUAGUCGUUGCCGGUAAACAAAAUCCGUUGUUUGUGCAGUUCACCCGGUCACGGUGGCGCUACCUACGGACGCCACGCCGGUUCAGUGCAGACGUUAUAAAGGGAAUUUACCGUUCCUCCCUGUCACCAUUCUCAUGGCUCACUGCAACUACACAAUAUGUGUUAUCUUAGUUAUCUGUUUAUUUUUCAUUGGACAACGUAUCUGUGAAUCUGAAUUUAAUCAGCGGGCUUUCUGUAUAGACUUUUCUAUAAAAAAAAUAGUUUUCUACAUCCUAUAUUACAUUUGUUUUUCAAUUUUUUUUUUUGCAUUUUAAAUCUAUUCACAAAAAACAAAUCAGACGUCAUGUAUUUUAGAUUCAUGCUAAUUACUAACGUCAUUAUCUGAUUUUCCAUACGUUAAAGUAAACAAAAGUCAUAAACGUUUAAAAUCUACAAAUGUGUUUUAUUAUUUACACAAGUCGUUUGAAAAACAAAUUAAAACAUACACGUCAACUAUCGGUUGGAUUAGUAUAUGUUACUAAGUAUUUUGUGUGUUAGAUAUUAUAGUUUUUCCGUGCAGUAACACAAAUAAUUUGAAAAUGUUUCAAUUAUCUGGAACAAAAUUGUUCCUAUUAAUUUUGAUAGCUGCAUCGCUUGGUGCUCUUUGGUACCUGGACACCAAUUAUUAUCAUUGGGGUCAUACUUUACCUGAGCCUGAAAAGCUGUUGGUUGAAAAUGAGCCCAAGCCUAUAAAAAACAAUUCGUUCAAGACAAAAGAGUUUUUACCUACGAAUGAAUGGCAAACAAUCGAGAAAGGUAUAAAAUAGAAUCAUAUUAUAUAUUAUUUUACAAACUUAAUUUUUACAUUUUUAACCAACAACCUAGUACCUACUCUGAAUGAUUUAAAAAAUUAAUAUGUAUUACCUAUUAUGUUUAUUAUGAAUUAAGCGUAAUGUACCCAUUUAAAUAUAAUUAAAUUUUAUAUUUACAAAUAGACAGAUUGGUAGUAUAAUUAUUUGUAAUAUUUAUUCUUUCCUAUAGAUCAACCGAUUCCUCCCGGAUUACAUGUACAAAUUGAUCUUAAAACUGGCGAGAAAAAGGCUAAAUUGAUAGAUGGUCAUGAUAAUAUAAAAACUAAUGAUUUAUCUAUUUUGGCUUCUAAUUUAUCAGAAAAUUUAGUAAGCAUGACAAAUUAAACAAUUUGUAUUGUAUUUGUAUGAUGCUAAGGAUACUUCUUAUUAUAAUUACCAAAUUUGUUUAUAGGAAAUACCAAAACAUAUUGAUGUAAAAAAUUUCAAAACGUAUGAACAGCUUAAAGAUGACCUAAAACAAUUGAAUAUGACUGUCAAAAGUGAAAUAGAAAUAAUGGAUGAUCUUUCAGCUAAAUUCAAGGAACAAAUGAAAUUAUUCGAAGAUAGUGAUAAAAAUAUUAGGAAUAUUUUAUUUGAUCUUGAAUAUCUGUUACAUCAAGUUGAUACUGCAGAAGUUUUUAUAAAGAAUAAAGGGUAGAUGUUUAUAUUAUAUUUUCCUAUUUUAUAUGUAUGUGUUUUACUAAAUGUAUAUGUUAACCACAUCCAUAUUGUGUUAUUGAAAUUUUAGUGAAAUGGACAGUGUUUAUAUCUAUUUCACAAAAUGGAAUUGUGGUUUAUACACUUAAUUUAAUAACAUAUUGUGGAUAAUAUUUUGUGAAGUAGAUACCUAAAUUACUCACAACGAAACUUAGUCUAUCAUUUGGAUGUCUGUAUUACGAAAAACAAUAAACUCGUAUUUUUUCCAUUACAAAUAUAAUUAUUAUUUUUACUAAGAAAAUAAUUCUCUUUUUAUGAUUUCAGAAUUACUUUAAAAAUAUUUAUUUAUUUAAAUAAGUUUAAAAAUUAUGGCAAUGAAAAUUACAAAGAUUCAAAAAUAAUAUUCAUGUCUAGUUUUCUUAUUUCUAAUAUUAAAAGUAUUUUAUGUUUUUUAUUUAUAUUUAAGACAAAAAUAAUAAUUAUUAUUAAUGAAAUAAUUCACUUAUUUAAUUUGUCUUGUACUAUUAUAGUAUUAAUUUUAUUAGAGCUAAAUUGUAAAAAAAAAAAAUGUUUUACUAUAUGAACAUCCAGAGGAUAGAACAAGUUCCAAUGUGUAUAGUUUCCAUUUCAAUUAAUGUUAUGCUCUUUGUAUUUAUACAAAGUGGAGAAACCCUAGUUCCAUAUCGUAAAAUGAAACACAAUAUGAGUGUGACAUAUAUAUACUAUGUAAAUUAACUUUUUUUUUUUUAAAGCAAAAAUUAAACCUAGAUCCUUACAAUCAUUAAUUUAACUUUAUCUUACCUACUUUUUUAAUUUUUUAUUUAAUUUAUAAUAGUUUAAAUUGGCUGAAUAAUACUAUCAUUCAAUAUUCAAAAGUAAAAGGUCUAGCCUAUUUUUUUUGUUCAACUUGAUAUUGAACAAUAGCAUAGAUUAAAUUUUUAAAGAUACUGUUCCUUUCUAAAAUGCCUAUUUUAGUUCAAUUCUAAUAAUAUAUUGUAUAUCCAAUUUCUUCUUUUUGUCGAGUCUGGUUAUGUUAAAAUGCUAAUAACAUAGUUAAAUAAAACAAAUAAAUACCUAAAUAAUAAAUAAAUAAAUUUAGAACAUUUAAUAAAAAUCAUAUAUUUGGUAAUAUGUCUUGUUCUAAAUGUUGUGCUGCAACUAGUGUGUAGCCAUCUCUAGAGCAUUUGUAUUAGUCAAUAUUAGUCUGUAUUUCUCCACAUUUACAAGUUUCGUCUUCUUCAUUAAAACCCCAUUUUACCAUGUUAGCUUUAGUUCUAUCCACUCUAGCUUUUAAUCUAUUUAAGGUUUUUCAUAGUAAUCAUAGUAAAUGUCUGUCCAAUAGAAAUUAUUGUGUAGGCUGGAUCAGUUCUUCUGGUUUUAACUCAUUUUGUCACCUUUGGAGACUAGCUUUUUGUACAGUUCUUUUGCUGUUUGUAUAAAACUCCUUUGGGAUUUCAUAGGGUGUCUUUCGUCCUUUAUCUAUUUGGUUUUUCUAUGUUGGUGAUUAAACAUCUUCUAAUUUCCGGUGGAGUUACGCCUGCUAAGAGUUAUAACUUGCAUGUAGGCGUUAGCCUAACAAAUCCCAUUAUGAUUCUACAGGUAUUGUUUAGUGCUACAGAUACAUGUUUGGUGUGUUUAGAUUGGCUUUACUCUGGACACGUAUAUUGUCUAGUUAGAAACAUAGGACCAGUCCAGUUGUACGUAUAAUGUGUGAUCGUUCUUCUCAUUGUGUCCCUGCGAGGUUCCUAAGUAGGUUGUUCUUUGCCUGCAGUGUUUCUUUCUGAUGAUUUUCUCCGGAGGGAUAUUUGGAAAAAUUGGAGGGGGUAGUUUAUAUUACACCAAGAAAACAAAAUUAUUUGAUAAUAAUUACCUUUUUUUUUAAAUUUAAGAAAAACCAGCUCUAAAAUGUUUCAUUACCAUCAUUUUUUUCAUCCUUAUUUUUGUGGAUGACUAGGUACUACUUUCGAUUUUCAAAUAAUAACCUAUACUAAAAAUAACUUAAAUAUAUGAAGUAUUAACUUAAAAAUAUUUUAGUAGUUAUAUAAAUUUUUCCAUCAAUUUGUUAACAAGGUAAUCCAGUUUUAAGCUUAGACAAAUACAAAUAAGCAAAUUAUUUAAUAAAAAUGUACAAAAAAAAUAUAAUAUACCUACACCAUAUAUAUGAUGUAUACAUUAUGCAUUUAUUGCUAUACAUAGCUUAAAAGUUAAAAAUAUACUGAAAGAACUGAAAUAAGAUUAAACCAUUUUGUUAAGUAAUAAUCUCCAAUAUACAAUAAGGUUAGAGUUUUUGCAGUAGAUACUUGUCAAUUAAACUAAAUUAAAUUUAAAAAAAAAUAUAUAUUUAUAAUUUUAUUUUUUUAAUUGUGUAGUGCAAAUUGCAAUCAGAUGUAUGUAUCUGUUGUAACACAACUACAGUCAACCCACUUUACUAUUUAGAAUAUUGUAAAGUAAUAAGUACACUACCACAGUUUACAACAAUGAUAUGCUUUCGAUAAACUAAUGAAAUAUUUAUCUGAUAUUAUUUUUAGUAAUCAAUAAUAUUUAUUGUUACCGGCACCCAACAAUAUUAUCUAAGCAGUUAAUGAUUUUCUUGGAUAUUCUCCGGGAGGGGCUGAGCCCCCCUGGAAACAUGCCUGAAAGAAACACUGCUUGCCUGUAUUUUUAUUUUAGUUAUGAAACAAUGCAAAACUAAAUGUUAAAGUCAUAUCUAUGGUGACGCUUAGGUACACUGGGUAGUCAAUGUUCUGCAACAUUUUCCCUAGCCAUUCUAUAUUAAGACAUCUCUUGACAUCACGGUUUUGUAGGUGGAAGUAGCAUACCUGAGUUUUGUUUGGGUUGGGUUUUAAUUGAUUAUUAUCAUAAUAGUUGGUCAUGACUUCUAGUGUAUUUGCCAGUUUGUUUUCUACAUUAUCAAUUUUUAUCUUGAGCUGUGAUUACUAGAUCAUCGGUGUUUCGUGUAUAAGUUAAAGAGCAUCAGAGCUAUCAUGUUACCUCGUAGAUAGCAAUCUUUUUCGGUUCUCCAUCUACUCCACUUAUCGCUUAACUUUACUGUAAAUCAACGGUUUUUUAGUAGGGAAGCCACUAUUUGAAUACAUAAUGUAGUAAUACAUUUUUUGUUACAAUUUAUUAUUUUUAACUGUAUCGAACGCUGCUGUAAAAUCAAUGACAACCACUCUAGUUAUCUUUUUGUAUUUAAAGCCAUCCUCAAUAUGUUGACACAUUCUAAGCAAUUGGCCUGUACAAGCCUUGCUUGGUCUAAAGCCAGCUUGCUUGGGUAUUAGUUAUUUAUCUAUUUGAAUUUUAAUGUGGUUCAAGAUCAUUCUCUUAUAUAGUUUAAAGGUGUGGCAUAACAGAGAUAUUGGUUGAUAGCUUUUUGGAUCACUUAAGUCUUUCCCUGGUUUAGGAAGGGUUAUUUAGAUUCUCUUCAGCUUUUGGGUACACAUUUCCUAUGGAGACAUAUAUUUAAUAGCCAUAGUGGCCAUCGUGUGUCACUUUUUGUUUGUGUCAUCACCAAGUUGCUUAGUAAGGUUAUCUCCUGCCGCAAUAGUAUCAUCAUUAAAUAGAUCGUUUUUAAACAAAUCUUGACAUUUUUCCACCGCGUGGUAUGUGUUGUCUAGACAUUUUCCUACUUCAUCCGCAAAUACUUGGUGUUGGUUCUAAGUUCUGAAUUUCUUUAUCAAUGGCCUCACUGUAUUUUCCCCAGUUAACUCUUCUGUAAUUAAAUCUCUUCUUGAUUGGUACCGUUUUAGACCUAAUAACUUUGUUUAUUUGUAGUUUUAAUGCUCUAUGUUCCAAGAAAAAUUAUAAAUAAAUAUCAUUGUAAAACCAAUACAUUAGCCUUUGCUCAGAAUUUAAAAUUGAUUUUAUUUAGUUUGUAGUUUAGCUGAUGACUUUAUUAUGAACCUUGAUAUAUUACUAAUUGAAUUACUUUAAUUUUAACUUAAUAUUGUGAGCAUUACUAAUAAAAGUAAAUUUUUCUUCACAGAAUAGAAUCAAUUAUAAUUCCAUGUAUCAACAGUAACUCAACUUUUAUGAAAGCACAAGGAGCACUACUCCUUGGUUCUGCUGCAUCUAAUAAUCAAAAAGUUCAAAUUUCAGCAUUACAAGCUGGUGUUAUUCCAAUUCUAUUAGAUCAUCUUAGUAAUGAAUAUGCAUUUUUAGUGAGUGUUCAAAUAUUAUAUUUAAUUAUUAAUGUUUGAUGUAUUAUGUAUUUAUUUAAAUUUUAAUUGUUUAAUUUGUACCUAGGUUCAAAAAAAUUGUUUCUUUGCAUUAGCAUCAAUCACUAGACGAUUUCCUGCUGCACAAAAAGAAGUAAUAGAAAAAGAUGGUAUUCAAAAAUUCUUGACCGUAUUUAAAAGACCCAAUUCUGAUUCAAAUACCAUUUUAAAGGUUGAAACUAAUUUAUUUUUGUACAGCAAAUGUGUUUAAUUUUUUUAUAUUUUUAUUUUAGUUAAAAGUUUCUCAACUUUUAGAAGAUUUAGUAAUAGAAAUUGAAGAUGCACAACUAACAUUAAGAGAAGAAACUAAUGAACAGCUUAGUUCAGAAGCUAAAGAAAGAGUUCGGCAAUAUAGUGAAUUGCACAUGGUUGAUAAACUUGUUGAAAAUGGAUGGUAUGUUUUAUCUUUUAACUAAACAUUUAUUUUUGAUUGAUUUUGUUAUAAUUAUUCAGAUGUUAAUUAUAGAAUUAAUCAUGUGUGAUUUCAGGUGUGAAAUUUUGGGAAAUGAAUUUAUCAGUUUGUCUAAUCCACUUCCGACAAAUCAAGAUAGUCAUGAUAUGAUUGAAGCUUCUGGUAAAUCUUUAUUAGCUUUGAGUAAAUCAUGUAAAGCCAAGUUACAGGGAAAUAAGCAAUUAUUCAAGUCAUUAUACAUUUUGGAAAUUCAUUAUAAAAAAUUAUUUCAAAAAGAUAAAUAUUUCAAUACAUUAUUUCAGCUAAUGAAUGAGUUGACUAAUACAUAUGAUCCUGUGUUAGAAUAGUUUUAUGUUAAAAUAAUAUUAAGUGUUAGUUAUUAUAAAAUGUGUGUGCAACUAAUUAUCUGAUACACCUUUUUUAUUCUGUGAUAUAUUUAAUUGAUUUUAUGCAUUUAUUUUGAAAAUAAUAUUAUCAUAAUACCUAAUUUAUAAUAGUGGUUAUUAUUUAUUAUUUGAAAUAAUAAAAUAAAAUUUGAUGCAUGUAAAAAUCUAAAUAGCAUUUUUAAAUGCUACAUUGAAUCAUAAUAUAUGGC